UGCAGCUACAGGCCUGAGAUGCUCGCUGUCCAGCUGCUGCUGCUGGCCUGUCUGCUGUGGGGUGUGGGGGCCAGGACAGCCCAGCUCCAGAAGUCCAAUGACCGGAGUGGUCGCUGCCAGUACACCUUCAGUGUGGUCAGCCCCAGCGAGUCCAGCUGCCCUGAGCAGGGCCAGGCCAUGUCAGCCAUCCAGGACCUACAGAGAGCCAGCAGCGCCCAGCGUGCAGACCUGAAGGCCGCCCAAGCCCGAAUCAGCUCCCUAGAGGGCCUUGUCCGCCACCUGACCCCGGACCAGGCCGCCAGGCCCUCCUCGGAGACCCCGGAGCUGGGCCCCCUGUUGAGGGAGCGAGCUCAGCUGGAAACCCGGACCAGGGAGCUGGAGGCGGCCUACAGCAACCUCCUCCGAGACAAGGCGCUUCUGGAGGACGAGAGGAGGCAGCUGGCGACGGAGAACGAGGACCUGGCCAGCAGGCUGCAGGGCUGCAGCCAGGAGGCAGAAAGGCUGAGAAGGGGCCAGUGUCCCCAGGCCCGCGGUGCCUCCCGGGAGCUGCCACCGGGCUCCAGGGAAGUUUCUCCAUGGAAUUGGGAGAAUUUGGAUUUCCAGGAACUGAAGUCGGAGUUAACUGCGGUUCCCGCUUCCCAGAUCUUGGACAGUCCAUCUGGCCACCCCAGGAGCGAAGCGGGGGACACUGGAUGCGGAGAACUCGUGUGGGUAGGAGAGCCGGUCACUCUGAGAACCGCCGACACCAUCACCGGCAAGUACGGCGUGUGGAUGAGAGACCCCAAGCCUGUGUACCCCUACACCCGAGACACCACGUGGAGGAUCGACACGGUGGGCUCGGCCGUCCGGCAGGUGUUCGAGUACCGCCUUGUCAGCCAGUUCACGCAGGGCUACCCCUCCAAGGUCCACGUGCUGCCCAGGCCGCUGGAAAGCACGGGCUCCGUGGUGUACGGGGGGAGCCUCUACUUCCAGGGGGCUGGGUCCAGGACCGUGGUCAGGUACGAGCUGAGCACCGAGACCGUGAAGGCCGAGAAGGACAUCCCGCGAGCCGGCUACCAUGGACAGUUCCCAUACUCCUGGGGCGGCUACACGGACAUCGACCUGGCCGUGGAUGAGACGGGCCUCUGGGUCAUCUACAGCACGGAGGAGGCCAAAGGGGCCAUCGUCCUCUCCAGGCUGAACCCUGAGAGCCUGGAGCUGGGACAGACCUGGGAGACCAACAUCCGGAAGCAGUCGGUGGCCAACGCCUUCGUCAUCUGCGGCACCUUGUACACGGUCAGCAGCUACUCGGCGCCCGAGGCGGCUGUCAACUUCGCCUUCGACACAGCCACAGGCAGCAGCAAGGCCCUGGCCAUCCCGUUCCGGAACCUCUACGAGUACAGCAGCAUGAUCGACUACAACCCGCUGGAGAAGAAGCUCUUUGCCUGGGACAACUUCAACAUGGUCACCUACGACGUCAGGCUCUCCAAGAUGUGA